ACCGUAGCCAACGCUGGGAUGCAAGGGCGGAAGUCCUUACGCCGUCUCUGAGUUAAACCAUCGGAGGCUGCUCUUGUGCAGAAGAACAACACUGACAAACAAACUUCAACAUCUGCAGGACAAGCUCCAGGGAUUCUCUUAAAGCCUCACACUGACAGCAGUAUGGAGGAGGAAGAGGCCCCUGUCGAUGGCGAGGUACAGACCCCCUUUGCUGCAGAGACCUAUGCUGCUGAGGCCAUGGCUGCAGACAUGGACCCUUGGAUUGUGUUUGACUCCAGAAGAACUCCUAGAUCCGAGUUUGAUGGUUGGCUGGAGAGCAACAGACCCUCACAAGUGUACAGAUUCGGUGAUGAGGAAGGCGGUGCUAGCCCUGUGGGAUGGAUCGCCGUGCUGGGCCCAAACCACUGCCCCAGUGGUGGGGAUGUUAUAGGUCUCCAAGAGAGCUGGGAGAAACUUUUGGCCAGUAGCCGGCCUGUCAGCUUCCAGACAGUGAGGGAGUUGGCUCUGAACCACGGGGUGCUCGCUGGCAAGUGGCUGAUGCACUUGGACUCUGGUUUCAAGUUAGACCAUGCAUGGGAGUGUGUGGCCAGAGCAGCCCUGGAUGGCAAGGUCUCCCUUGUUAAAGUCAGUCCCUAUGACCCCAAGGGAGAGGGCAAGCAGGUCAUUUGCGCCUAUAACCAGAACUUCACUGAUGAGAGCGAAGUUAUAAGGCUGGACUCGGUCAUACGUGCCACAGGGGUCAAAUGCGCUCUCUCAUACAAGCCAGACGUGUAUACAUACCUGGGCAUCUACCGAAACAACCGCUGGAAGCUUUGUCCAACCAUAUAUGAGAGCAAAUUUGACCUGGAGUGUGUCCCAAGGCGUUCCCACAUCGUCAACAAAGUCACCAAUCUCGAAGUAACAUAAGCCUGUCGGAACAAGAGGAUGGUUGUGAAGGACGGGUCAAUUAAGAGACUCUUAGUGAUCCCAUGAAAUGGGUUAUGAAACUGAGUCAGUGGUUGAAUUUUGAUCUCAAGUUCUUCCUAUUGGCAAAAAAAAAGCACUUAAUCUCAUUUCAGUUUUGUCUUCUCAUGCUGUAAUAUUCUCCUGAAGUGACCUGAGAUAUUGUCACAUAUUUUCUUUUAUACUGAACAUAUUGUAUUCAUUAGUAAGAACAUUUGUAUUCUUGAGGGUCUGUUUGUAACACACUAACACUUACCCCAGUGACAGCGUGGCUAAAGAAAUCCUUGAUUUUGUACGCACAUGUUCAGGGGAAAUUUUACAUCCAGUGAAGCAUUUCUCUCAUUUGUCUUUAUUUUUUUGCUUUGUACUGAACCAACAUUACAGAGUUGCCAAAUAAAAUCUACUUUUGAAGACCA